GCGUGGGGGAGGGGGUAAAAAAAACUUUCCAUCUGCUUUGCGGCCAGCAAAGGAAAUAGGGUGGUUCUCGCGGCAUUUGGGCUGGGCGUUCAAUCCGGCGUGGCGAAGUGCUCUUUCUCUCUGGACGGUGUUUGAAUGCGGAGAGACUCACUUUGCAUGAGAUGACGGUGGCACUUAUGGUCCUGCGUCUGUCCAAGAGUGCAUGUGGAAGAGUGCAUGUGGGGACACCAAUGAUGCACAGGAUCUGAGCAAAAGGCCAUCCUCGCAGGUGGUCCCGGCUACCCAUCACAGCUCAGGUACCAAUGUCUGGGAUUGUGACAGAUAGUGUGCCCGGGGUUCCUGAAGGUUGGCGCCGAAGAGUAUGCAAGCGGGGGAACAGAAACCACGUGGACGUGUACUUUUAUGGACCGGAUGGUGUCGUCGUUCGGUCAAAGAAGCAUUUGAAAGAAUACCUUGAGAAGCACCAAAGCGGACUGAGCUUCGAUGCUUUCGACUGGACUGGGCAGCAUGGGCUUCCGGUUUCCCCCGAACGCUUCCUCCUGCAGGCAUCUGCGCAAAAGAGGUCUGCUAGAAAGACCUCUGCGGACAAGGAAGAGCAACCUAGCGAAAAGAAGAGGAAGAGAGGGCGUCCGCGGAAAAGUGAGGUGGGAGUGGCAAGGGUUGUAGAUGUAGAGGGUGGUCCAUCCUCUGGCGUUGCUCAGAGAAAAGGUGAAACCUUGGGAUCUAUGGGCUAUGCAGGUGGCAGUGAAGAAAGAGUACAGGUGGGUGCAGAAAACGGAGAGCUCGUGGACUUGCGAGAAGCGGAGCCAGAGCCAGAAACGGUUAAGGCGGAGGAGGAGGAUGAGAUGGAAAGUACAAACCUGAACACACUCAGUGUGCAGUUGCAGCAGCCUUUGGAGAAUGGAAGGAAAGCCGGCUUGGCUGAGUCGAUACCAGCGGAAGAAGCAGUGGAAGAUCUGACUCCUGGCAUUCUGCAUGGUGGCAAUGUGCCAAAUGCACAACUUGAGAAACAACCAAAGAGGCCGAGAGGUAGACCAAGGAAGAUUAAGGUGGCUAAGGAGGGUAAGGAUGAUGGUGGCAGCAGAAACACGGUAGUCCAGAAAGAGGGGGAUGGGGUUGUAGAAAGGGCACAAAAAGGUGUAGAAAACCGAAAUUGGGAGAACAGUGCGGUAACAAGGGGUGGCGUAGAAGGGACGACCCCGGCAGCGGAGGGGAACGAGGAGGAAGAAGAAACGUUGUUCAAUGUAGGAAAUGCUGCGAACGACGGUGGGCGUAGCGUUCCCGAGCCUAUGCAGUCUAUGGGGACAGCAAGAUCCAUCAGCAGUGGAGAUGCAUCUGAAAUUUCUAUAGCGCUGAACGAGAAAGUGUGCGAUGACCAGUCGGCAGGACAGACCGGCAGGAAUAAGAGACGGAAAGUGGAUAGCAGGGCAAGGAAAAGAAGCAAGCAAGACGUGGACCAAGGUACUCCGAAGCAGAGUCAAAUCAGUGACAAUUCAAAAAGCGGCGAUGAUGAGAGAUUGGCAGUGGUGGUGCUGAUGCCAGGGGUCAAAGGGAAUAAUAAAGGGACAGAGGCGAGUGAGGGCGAAGCGGAAGGGUUCCGAAUCCAGGACGUAAUCAAACUUUGCCGUCGUUCUUCUGCAAAGAUGCGGGGGACCACGAAAGAGGAUUUUCCAAAUGGGGGCGAGAUGAGAGAGAAGGCGAAGGGGGAAAUGGAUGGGGAGGGGGAGGGGGAUGGUGAUGUGGCCCUGAACAUUGCGCCAUCUGAAGUCGAUGGGAACCCGACGUCCAGCACGCAGGAGGAAGAGGACAAGCCUGCGAAGGGUCUUUGUCUGGCAGACGACGAAGGCCAUCGGCGGACCCUCGCUGCCCUCCACCUGUCGUCAAUGCCAUCUGAGAUUCUCUGUCGAGAUCGCGAGAGAAGGGAGGUGCUGGAAAUGUGCAAGCACGCUGUGCAGCAGCAGAAAGCAACGGCAAUGUAUAUUUGUGGCUGCCCGGGCACAGGGAAGACUCUAACAAUGGAGGAGCUGAAGAAGAAUGUGCCGCAGUGGGCACUGCAGGCGGCUGUCGCUCCUCCGACUGUUGUUAUGAUGAACUGCAUGUGUGCAGUGGAGCCAAAGCAGAUCUUUCAGCGGAUUUUGUCAUGUUUAUCGACAGGCAAGACGAACGUGUCGAUCUCUGCUGUCUCCAUUGCAGCACAAAAUGCGCUUGCGGAAUUGACAAGAAUCGUUGCAACUCCCACAAAAGUCGAUAGGAAGCAGGACGGGAUGGCUCUCCUCAUUCUCGAUGAAAUCGAUCACCUUAUGACAAAAGACCAAUCUGUCCUUUACGAACUCUUCCGUCUCACGACCUUGCCAGAGUCCAGGUGCAUUCUCGUGGGAAUCGCCAACUCUAUCGACAUGACCCAACGGCUACUGCCGCACCUUCGAGCGUUCAGUUGCAUCCCCUCAGUUGUCACUUUCCCUGCAUACAACCAAAGCCAGAUCUGUGCAAUUCUCAAUCAACGGCUCAAACAGCUUUCUUUUCAAGCUUUUCAUCCUCUUGCAAUUGAGCUGUGUGCCAGGAAAGUCGCAGCCGCAUUUGGUGAUAUGCGGAAGGCGCUUGAUGUGUGCAGGUUGGCAGUGGACGUGUUCCUGUCAGAGGUGAAGGCAACCAGAGGAACCACCGACUAUGACCUGACAAAUUCUGACGAGGAGGACGAGAGCCUACCGGUAGGCAGGACGAAAACAGCCGGCAAAACUGGCGCUGUGGACAGUGGAUUGGCAAAGGAAGUGGUGGACAAGCCGCCCACUGUCGUGUUAAUGAGGCACAUGGUGAAAGCGCUCGCAAAGAGCUUUCACUUGCCUCUCGUGGAGACUCUGCAGGCCCUUCCACAACACCAACAGAUGAUUCUCUGCUCGGCUGUGCGUCUCUUCCGCGCGCGGAAAAAGGAUGCAACACUCGGAGAACUCAACAAAGCUUACAUAGAACAGUGUAAAAGUGCAUCCAUCAAUGCACUGACAUCAGCAGAGUUCACCUGCAUGUGCACUGUUCUUGCUGAUCAGGCUAUCCUCAACAUUGGGCCAGGGAGGGAUGAGAGGCUCAGAAGGGUGACGCUCCGCGUUCAGGAGGAGGAUGUCCGGUUCGCUCUUGAGGGGGUUCGUUUUUUCCGAACCAUCCUGAGCGAGGAUGAUUCCAAAGAAGUUUUGUCAGACCGAUAAAGCAACAAAUACCUGGGUUGCAGGAGACUUGCUGCCAAGGGUUUCAUCUGUCCCACGGCCUUCUCUCACCAAAGGUCCUCCUGCUUUCCUUAGUUUUCUUUUCUUUUUUUUUCCAUUCUCUCCCUCUUUAUUUUCCAUUUCUGAGGAGGUGCAACUUUUUCAACGAAGCAGAGGCAGCUUCCACUCUUCAGACUUAUACACCCCCCCCUCUCCCUUCCUCAGCUCUAGUUUGUCCAGGCAUGUACGGUGUCGGAUAGCUUUAGCAAGUCAUCCUGCAGUUCCAAAGCACACGAUGUGACCACCUUGGAAGAAAACCUGUAUGCUAUAUGUAACACGUUUUCGCCCCCAACG